UCCAAAAAAUCGCCCAAGAGUCCAAGACACAGAAAAACAAAGAAAGCCCGCCAAACCACGGCAAAACCCCCGGGCCGGCAAAAAGGGAGGGAAAACCAAGCAGCAAAAAUUGAAGUUCGCUUCUCUCAAGUUUGAACUCUGAAGUCUUAUUAUCCCAUCCCCUUUCUCGCGCGCACUUCACUGCCUCUCCAUGAAGUUCAAGGCAUUCCUAACCGACAACGGCGUCUAUCUCCUCGAGAAGCGCUUCCUCCCUGCACUCGACAAACUCGGCAAGACCUGCCACGUGUACCUCACGCGCGACCAUGCCGCCUUCCUCCACAACCUCCUCAACGGCCACGGUCUCCACUCCGUCGCGCAGUUCCGCCGCGAAGCCCUCUUCGACGACUACCGCAUCUCCAGCCAGAACGACGACCGCAUCGCCUUCGCCGUCGACGUCUCCCUCCUCCACCGCGCUGUCCGCAGCGCCGCCACCGUCUGCUGCGGCUCCUCCUCCGACGGCAGCAAUAAUCGCCUCCAGAUCAAGCUCGUCAAGAAGCUUCCACCGAAUUGCACGCAGCCGAUGCCGUUCUUGACGUUUGAGACGCGCGGGUACAAGUCGGCGGUUAUUCAUGACGUUCCGAUCUCGAAGCCGCUGUCGAGGACUCAGGUUUUGGAGCUUCAGAGUGCACUUGAAACAGCGCAGGAUCUGCCUCAGACUCUUGUUCAGGCACCGGAUUUGGUUCAAUUGCAAAACUUUGUGGAUCGGAUGAAGUAUUUGGGUGAUUCACUGAAUGUCUUCAUUAGUAAGUAUGGUGAUCUGCAUGUUGAAGUUUCGGCAACACUGAUCAGUCUAGGUGCUGAGUUCCGGAAAUUGAUGGUCAUUGGAGAGAAAGCAGAUGCUCCAGCUGAAGAUCAAAAUCUCAGUGCUCAGUCAAGGUCAUCAAGGUCGAUUUUGAGAGGUGAUGGUCAAUCCGUGCAAGUGAGUGUAAAGCACUUUGCCAAGAGUCUCCAGUGUCACUUGGCCAAACCAGAUUGCGCCUUCUAUGGGAUUGCACCGCAGGGCAGUUGUUUGACAGUGAUAUUCCAAUUCUUUAUUCCGGGUACUCACCAGACUGAUAAAUCAAUCAGUUUGCAUUGCAGGCUUCCUGUACUUGACCCUGGUUCCAGUUGAACAACAGUUUUCAUGCUGAGCAUAAUUACUUGUUUCUGAGCUUAGGUAUUCAGGUAAACCAUUUUUUAUAUUCAACAUAUGCUUGUGACUGCUACAAAUCUUUUUCUGUCUAUUUUGUCUAUGAUUUAGUACUAUCUGAGAUUCUGCGCUGCACUUUGCAUUACAUUAGGAAAAGUUGAUUAGAUGAGUGUGUACAUAACAAUUGCUGUUGUAAGCUUUUAACUGGAAUAUCUUCUUGAUGUCUUGUGUCUAGAUGUUUAUGUUAAAUCUAGUAAUACGAUGGAUUGACAAUCUAGAUAUCGGAGGAAAUUUUGGGAGCUAAAUUGGAAUUCUAACAGAUUUUAAGGAACAGAUUAUUUCUCUAUGCACAAUUAAAGUUGGACAAUUAUUUCUAUUAGAAUGCAGGAAUAUAUUU